AUGGACCGUGGCCUAUACAACAUAGUUGUUCUUCUCGAUUUAAAGAAAUCCUUCGAUACUGUCAACCAUGAAAUUCUUUUACGUAUUUCGAACAGUAUAGCUUUGGUAAUAAAGCCCUAGAUUUACUAAGUAAUUACUUAACAAAUCGAACACAGAGAUGUCAGCUAAAUGGAAUGCUUUCAGAUCAGAGAGGAAUAACUUGCGGCAUCCCUCAAGGAAGUAUACUUGGCCCUCUUCUGUUUAUUAUCUAUAUAAAUGAUUUGUCAAAUUGUCUUAAACGUACAACACCAAGGAUGUUUGCAGAUGAUACCAGCCUUACAGCUGUGGGCAAAACAUUAAAUGAAGCAGAAAAGAUAGCGAAUAAGGACUUGAAAAAUGUUAAAGUGUGGUUGUCUUCAAACAAACUUAGCUUAAAUAUUGCGAAAACGGAAUAUAUUUUGAUUGGAUCACGCCCUAAGAUUAAUAGCAUGGACAUCUCUUGAAGAACGUAGAGCAUUAAUGAAGGCCAAACUCAUGUACAAAACAGUAAAUCAAUUAGCUCCACAAAGACUGUAACAUUUUCCAAUUUUCCAACACUGUUAAUAGUUAUAAUCUAAGAGGUUCUUCAACUGGGCUUUUUAUUCCAAGGCCCAGGACAGAAUUUUUUUUAAAUAGUUUCAGUUACAAUGGGGCUAAAUUAUGAAAUAGAAUACCAGAAAAUAUACGAAAUUCGAUAUCUUACAACUCGUUUUGUAAGUAGUUUAUAGUUGAGCGAGUAUUUAAUAGCAUUUAUAUAAUAAUAGUUUGUAUGUAUUAAUAAAUUAGUCUUAAAAUUGUAACAGUUAGCCAGCACACCUCUCAUGGAAAUCAGCUUAGUGUUGAAUGAGAUUAGUGUGCCUAAAUAAAGUUGAUCUAUCUAUCUAUCUAUCUAUAUCUUCAAUCUCUACCCGAGUUAUACCAAAACUUUAUCAGCGGCUUGCGCUUGUCUCUUGUAGAUACAAUUUUCAAGCCGCAAGUAUAGAUAUAUUUUCUGUUCGACUUCUUAUUGUUUCAGACAUCGUUAUGUAUAUUUUACAGCAAAAUCCCAGAGGAAACGUGGUUUAAAUACAAGCAACAGUAAACCUGAAGACUCGCUACAGAUUAACGUCCCUAGUGAUAUUGGUGUGGUGAUAGCUGAAGAAGCUAAGAAUGUGGGACAGCAAUUGAGAAUGUAAGUUUAAUUAGUUUGUUGGGGGGGGGUAUAGGUAGACUUCAUAUAUCCUAUAGUGUUGGCCGAAUUUUGCGCGAUGCUGCUGUGGGGGCACCUCCCCUGAGAUUUGUUCCACCUCCUUUGGAAACUCAUGCACUUCCUCUUGAAAAAGUUAAAUGAUGGGUCAAAGUCAAAAUUUGACUCAAACUUCACACAGAGAUGAUGAUCCGUAUCCCAACGGAUUCAUCUCUUUUUUCUCUUGAUCUUGAGAGUACGUACAAGGGAAUAUAGGCAUACUAAAUAUAAACUUUACUUGGAGGCGAAAAGUUUUAUUUGAAGGCCACCGCAUGUUAGUACUGUUUCUGGUUCCAACUUUUGUCCUACUUUUGUCCUAUAUUUUUCCUACUCUAUUCCUGCAUUUCCUAAAAUGCUAGCUAACCCUAUUUUAUAAGUAUGCCAGCUAGAUUUAAAGAUUAAUGUUUUCUUCGUGACUUCGGCACAUCUAAAUUUUUACCCUUUUACACGAUAUAAAACGGAAAUUCGUCAAUUUUUUUCGCCACAAAUAAAUGUAAAACAGUCAAGAUGGUUGAUAACACCAGGAUUGAAUACUUGGUAUUAUAGCCAAAAAAUAAAAAAUAAUAAUUUCUUGGUUUUACGCCCGGGUAUAACUCAAAUUUGCCGCUAUUUGCAAGCUUCAAUUUAUCCCUUUCGUUUGCCUGAAAUUUUCCCACAAUACCUACUCUUCAUGAUUCUUCUGUGUUGGUGUAAUGUACUCAGGUGAAUAUGAUGUUGUGAUGUUACUCUGAAUGUAUAUCCACACCGGGCAAGCUUGAAAAAUAUGCCUGACCACCGUGGGAAUCGAACCUACGACCUUUGGAAUACUAGUCCAAUAUGCUCUGCCAACUGAGCUACGCGGUCUGGUCUGUUCGAGUAUGUGAUAUUUCGGAACAGAAUCUAGUUCCUGCAAUAUCAAUGUUAUCUAAUAAUAAUCAUGAUUUUUCUGUGUUGGUGUAAUGUAGUCAGGUGAAUAUGAUGCUUGUGAUGUUUCUCUGAGUGUAUAUCCACACCGGGCAAGCUUGAAAAAUAUGCCUGAACACGGUGGGAAUCGAACCUACGACCUUUGGAAUACUAUCCCAGCUCCACGUAGCUCAGUUGGCAGGGCAUUGGGCUAGUGUUCCAAAGGUUGUAGGUUCGAUUCCCACCGUGGUCAGGCAUAUUUUUCAAGCUUGCGCGGUGUGGAUAUACACUCAGAGUAACAUCACAAGCAUCGUACCUACUCUACUCUUAUAAUCUCUAUCAUAAACCUGAUUUACUGUAUUUACAUUCAUCACAGAAUUUAUAAAUUAUUUUUGUGUUUUCUUUUCCUCAUCGUGCAGUAGUUCCCAGUCGGCGAAGUGCACAAAUGUUCACAGAGCAAAAGAAAGUCAGUCGACUGUUCCAAAUGAUCCCACGAGUUCCCCGCGUAAUGCAACCGCUCUGGAGAACAACAGGGAAGUUAACCAUGUCGAGUUAACUGGUGGUAUUCACAGUACAAGUAAACAGCAGAAUAUUCCAACUGAUGGCAUAAUAAUGGAGCAAUUGGCAGGCAUCCAAGGUGCUAUGGAUGUUAUGGAAAAUCCCGAAGUCAAUGAUGAGGAGGAAAAUUUGUCUCUGUUAAUGAAUGUUAUAGAAAGUGAAGGUUUGAGCAGUGUUCUUAGUGACAUGGCCAGGAAUCUUGUGAGAUAG